AGUUACCGAAAAGGAACUAAUUCAGUCACCUUCACACACCUGUCGCGUUACAUACCCGCGUACAAACGCGCCACUUCGGUACAAACAAAGACUGUUCCAGUGACUACAGUUUUCCUCUUUCUCCGUGUCCAUCCAUAGUUAUAGAACAAAUGAAAUUGCAGCCAAUAGAUAAAUCGAUACAUCAGCUAGCCGUCCGGUAGUCUAAUGACCCUCUUGAAACCCUAGCUUGGAUGGAUCACUGGUGCAUAAGCGUAAGCUCUCAAUUCAAUAUUCCCACAACAAUUGAACGUGAGAUGCACGAGACAUGAGUUACAUAGCGUGAGACGUCACCCCACCCAACCACCGGCUGCUAUUUGAAUUAGUUGCAGUAGGUUUUGCUGGAUACGAGCCGUUGUGUCAUGGUGCGGGUGCUACUUUGGUUAUCGAUAGUAAUCAAGAGUGAAAUGCGGCUGGUGCAUCGAAAAAUAGAAAAUUCAGUGAGCAUACGAACAUGAAACGAAGUACCUACAAAGUGCAGUUGUUGGGAUGCGCAUAUGAUAUUGGAACUUCGGGAACAAAUUUUUGAUUAUACGGUUUGGAAAAGUUUACAAAUUCUACUUCUUGGUCUGUCAAAAGCCGACCAACGCACCAGCAUGGAAGUGACGCUGUCGGAAAAUGAGGAAAACGCCCUAACCCUGUUCGAGGAGUUGGAAAGAACGGACAUCAAUACCGUAAACUUAAACGUUGACUGCUGUUGUGGUUUACUGCGGACAUCACCCUUCCACCAAGCCAAAUCAAAGUCAUGCUCCCGGGAGCGGAUACGAACCGAUUCCGGAGUAUCCAGUGAUGACGAGAAACACGUCGAUAGUUAUUCGCAUACCUCAGAGCACAACAUAGACUGCCACGGCUGCAAGCCCAGUGAAGCGCCGGGGCACAGUAGUGACCCUGUAGCGCACAAUCCGUCCCGGUCACAUCGGCGAAAUGAAAGAUACAGAAAUUUUGGCAUGAUGGAAUCGAACGUUCUAAACAGUUUUCAGGUUCAAAAUUACAGACGGAAAACUGGAAGUGGUUACGAUUCUGCCAACUCGUCUGGACAAACCAGCUACAGUUCUACUGCGUCCAGUAUGAUCGAAGACAUUUCGGAUAAAAUCGAAGAGAUUGGAAAACUGGACACAAACAUUCACUCGCUUAUGUUCAAGUCAGUUGAGGUGCAUAAUGACAUUUUGUCCCUUGAAGCAACAACGAACCGCCUUUUGGCAGACAACCGUAAGUUUUGUGAUGAGCUCGAUGACGUCCGUUAUUUGGACGAUCUGAUUACGACUUUAAACGGCGACAUCGGUCCCGUGAUACACCGCGAAUGGCCAUACGAAAUUCUGUUCGACACACCAAUAGAGGAAGGAACGGCAGUUACGUGAUCCAGUUGAUGUGUGCAGAUUAUGUUCGAAGUGCAAAACAACCUUGCUGAUAAGCGAUUAUUGGAAAACAUGGAGGCAAUAUAGUGUUACCAAUUUCAUGUCCACAUAUAGUGGCAAUCUGCAGGAGCCAAAGAAUUUUAGCAGUCGAGACAACGAAACGCGACUACAAUAAAGCAAUAUUGUACAGAAAAAUUAA